GUGGGGGUUUGGUAGCGGUAGCGGCAGCGACAGUGGAAGCAGCAGUGCGGCAGCAUCCCGCCGCCCACAUCUUUUGCUCGCUCGUCCCAGAGGGGUGACAAGUAAAGGACAAGACAGGACAGGAAGGGACAGGAAAGGAAAGGAAAAGAAAGUAGGCAGACGUCUACGUGAAGUCGCGCCGACAUCGUAAAAAGCAAGGACAGAAGAGACGAAUUCAUUGGUCUUGGACGUUAUUCCUCGCUAGCCCAACAUGAGGCAGUCUAACUUUAGUAACCCUGCGCAGGGGAAGGCCUGCAUCUGCAUCACCGCAGCCGUCUACGAUCGAAGGGCGAUCGACUCGACGGCGACGCUCCCGCUGAUCAACUCACUCAACCACCUCGCCUACCUCACUUCAACCUCGCCGCGCAUCCGCGAGAUGGUCACCCUCGACGGCGGACUCGACCGCUUAAUCCGCAUCCUGCGCCAGGUACCCAAGGCGCCCGCCUCGUCCUCCCGCGGCGUGUCGACCAAGGAGAUGCAAGCCAUCUGGAAGUGGUCCUUGGCAUUCCAGUGCGUCGUCAACAUUGGUGUUCGGGGCAGCGAGGCCGUCCGCACCCGUGUUGUAGAGGCUGGCAUGAUCCCCGUCACUGUCAAGGUCCUCGAGAGCCACCUUGCCGUCAUAGAGGCAAGGCGUGAGGAGAAGCGCAGGGAGGAGCACGAGGCGAGGAAAGCGGCUGCAGCAGCUGCGACCGCAGCAGCGGCCUAUGGUACUGUGCCACCAGCAGCAGCUGUGACUGCAGCAGAUUCGCACAACAGCAACAACACUUCUUCUUCCUCGACUUCUUCCAACUUGAGGUCACGAUCGCAUCGCUCCGGCACGGCCGUACAGCGGCCAGCACCCUUCCCCGUUCCAACGCCGGCGGAACCCGAGACGCAUCCGACGACACCGCCGGAAGCACAGCAGCUCAUCUCCGGCCACCUUGUCGCCGGUGCCGGCCGUUCGGACGACGUAGCCAGCGGCACUGCUGCCGACGCUGCCGCUGCGAGCCUGUCGAUGCUUCCGGACAUGGCCGGCGGCAUGCCGCUCAACACCGCCGCCGUCGACCUGCUGCAACAUGCGGCCAACGACCUACAGAUGCAGCAUCGCCAUCAUCACCGUCAUAGCCACGGGCUUGAUCACGAGCACGAUGGCAGCAGCUCGCUCGCAGACGCCAGCGCCAGCGGCAGCGGCAGCGAAAGUGCCGAUGUAGAUGUAGAUGCGGAUGUGGAUGACGUCGACAUGGACGGGAUCGGCGUCAGCACAGACGACAGCGAUGGUGACGCUGCGCACCGCAGCAGCAGCAGCAGCAGCCGCAGCAGCUUGAUGGUCGAUGUAGUACCGCCGCCACUGCCACCGACAGCGCAUGGCUUGAACAGCAGCUACGGGGCACAGCACUCCGGGCAAGGCGGCCUCGUCGCUGUCGGCAAUGGUAACGGCAAUGGUAACGGAAAUGGAAGCGACAAUGACAGCGGCAACGGUAACGGUAACAGCGAAGACCCAGACGAGCGCCGGACGCCGAGGCCCGCGCGCAUUACACUCGCGGCCCUCGCUGCGCACGAGAUGCCUCCGCCGCUCGUGGCGAACGCGCUUGUGCGCCAGGAGACUGUAACGCCAUCUAGCUCACGCGGCAUCAGCCUCGUGGCAGAUGGCGACCAGCAGCAGCAUGAGCAGCAUGGUGUCGCAGAUGGCGAGUCGACGACCCACACUGUGCGCCAAGCCGCACGCAGCGAGCGCAGAGCUGCUAGCCGCGCCGCAGGCACCGCCGAUGACGGCUCGCACGCAUUUCACGCGAACAGCCACAACAACAGCACCAGCAACGGCAACGGCAACAACAUCCUUACCAGCGGCGAGAUGAUUUACCGCGAGGAGGAGGUCCUGCUGAGCUUGCAGCUGCUCGCGUACCUUUCCAAAUACCCGCAUGUACGCCACAUGUUCCACAACGAGGAGGUGCUCGGCGCAGCGCUGCCCGGCUCGCUGGACUCGUUUGCGCACCUGCGUGCCCACCCGUCGAUGACCGAGUCGAAUGUCAGCUGGACUCCAGAAGCCGCAUGCCGACGGAAUGUCUUCUCCAUCGCGGAAAAGUUCACGCUGCGCUCCUCGCGCAGCGGCUCGUCGCACGCGUCGGCGUCGUCGCACCCCAAGCUCGCGCCCGAGAUUCAGUACUGGGCCGGUGUCAUCAUGCGCAAUGCGUGCCGCAAGGACGAGUGCCGCGGCGGCAUCCGCCAGUGCGCCAAUAUGCAGUGUGGAAAGUGGGAGAGCUUCCCGCGCGAAUUUGCAAAGUGCCGGCGCUGCCGCAAGGCAAAGUAUUGCAGCAAGCAGUGCCAGUCGCGAGGAUGGCAGAGUGGACACCGCUUCUGGUGCUCCGCGCGCUCCGACGACGACGUCAAGGAGAAGGCCGACCGGGACAGGGACCGAGAAGGCGUGUCCGCCGGCGGCGGCACCGAGGCCGAGACGCCGACGGCUGCCACACACGAUGGCGUCGCGCAGCAUCACCUUCAGCAUCGCCGCAGCGCGCACGGGAACGGGAACGGGCACAGCCACGAGCACGGCCAUCGCUCGCGGCGGCACGGCGGCGAAGACUCAGCGAUGCGUGCAGAGCGCAGACGUGAACGUGAGCGCCAGCGCCAGCUCGCAUCCUCCACCCUCGACGUCUCGUUGCCCUCAAGCAGCGCCUCGCGCCAUUCCGCCGACCAGCCGCACGUCAGUGCUAUGCGCAGCAGCAGCAUGCAUGCCCAUGGCGGCAGCGGUAGCGUCAGUGCCACACCCACGGCCGAUGGAUCCGAAGCGAGCGAGGACGAUUUGCUCCUACUCGAUCAUCACCACUCCAUCUCGUCGACCGCCAAUCUCGCAGACAUGAUCGAUCACUCCGCCUUGUCGCCUGCAGGCUCCAUCGACGUAUUUUCCGCUGCAAGCAACGGCGGCGCUGGCGGCAGCGGCAGUGGCAGUGGCGGCGGCGGUGACGACGACGAUGAUGUGCACCCACAUGCGCAUGCGCCUCGCGUGCCGCCCAUGCCACCGCAGCGCACCGACCUUGCUGGCCGGCCGCUCCCGCCGCCCGUGAUUGCGCAAUUCGAUGGACCACCCGAAGAGCUACUCGGCGGACGCGCCACGCCCGGCGCCACCGUCGACAACGAGGCCACCUUUGGCCGCGGCGAUUUCGACCAGAUGCGCACACUCUGGCCCUCCGGUGGCUUGUCGCAGGGUGAGACAUUCGUGCAUGAGCUUCGCCAUCCCAGCACCGGGCUCGCGUCCGGCGCCUUGUCGCCCUCCAGCCCCGCAUCGUCCGCAGGCGUCUCGAGCGCAGGUCCCAGCGAAGACUCAGCAGCUGCUGCGUACCGCAGCCACGAUGACGGCUUGCGCAGGCUUUCUGCGCUGCGUGCACCUGCAGCGAGGCAGCUGCAUCGCUUUGCCAGCGGUAACUUCAACUAUGGCGCCAAUGGCCCCGACGGCGUUCUCAGCAGCGGCGGCGGCAGCAGCGUCCUCGGCAGCGGCAGCGGAAAUGGCGCAAGCGGCGGCAUGAUGGGCGUAGGCAUCAGCGCGCGUCGUCCUCUUCGCGAAGCGCACGCCCGUCCUUCCGGCCUCGGAUCGCUCUGCAACGCCACGCCCGCACGCUCGGUCAGCAGUGGUUCCGGCAUCCUCCUCCCACCUUCCGCUACAUCCUCCACGUCCUCACCUGCUUUCCUUCCGCGUCGCAACAUGAUGGUGAUGGCGAUGGCCGCGGGCGCAGGGCUGGCAGACAGCAGCUCGAUCGAGCGCCCACUCAGCGCACUCGGCGUCUCUGCGCGGGCGGGCGGUAUGACGAUAGACGAGGAUGGUGCCGGUGUCGGUGGUGCCAGCGUCAGAGACCAUCACCACGCCGACGCCAGCAGAUAUGAGGGCAUUCGCUCGGCAUCUGCUGCCGCCCCGCGCUUUGACGGUCUGUUGCAUGCGCGCUCCGCUUCGUCCGACCUCGAGUUCCUCAGCGUCCCGCCUGGGCUUGAAACGCUCAUGGAUGCUACUGCGAGCGUCAGCAGCGCUCGUGCGCGCGCCGGCGACUGUGGUUCACUCGAGCAGCAGCAACGUCAGCAGGGCGACGACCUGGAUGUCGUCAUGGAUGGCUAAGCGAGCGGUGCCGUCUCUUCUUUAUCA